AUGUUAGACAGAAGCCCACUUAAAGAAAUCUAUUAUGUUAUCUAUGCUUCUAUGAAUCCGCCAUACAAAGUGAACGAGUACGGGUGUGUCAUAACAAGAUCACGACCGGUAGCUACAAAAAUUUGGUCAAUGGCUUCAGAUUGGAAGUCUCAUUUGACGAAAGAGAGAACGGCUAAGAAGACUGUAGCUGAAAUGACGGUGCACCGCUUAACAAGUAGCAAGGAAGUGUUGUCAAUAUUGCAUAAACUCAAUAACAUUAUUUCAUACAGCGAUGUCAGAUUACAAAAUAUCGCCUGGGCAAGAAUGGUUUCUGCAAACAGACGAAAGUCUAAGAUGAUAAUCAAUUGGCCAGCAACUCACGCUACCAUUGACAAUAACGAUUGAAGGCAAGAGACGAUGACUGGCAAAGGCACUACUCAAUACUUAUGGCAGUAAUCGCAUUUCAAUUUCAAUACAAUUUCAGCCGUUACUUCGAGGUAACGUUACUACAGCACUUAAAUAUAUUUUCUACAUACAUAUAUUUCAAUAUAUAUUUUCUAUUUUUCUGCAGCACUUUAUAUAUUUUCUACAGAAAAUGGCAUUCCUUAAGUAUUAAUUACAUUAAUAUAUUUGUCAUUAGGCGAAGUUCCGUCACAAGGAAGCGAAAUCGGACCUUAAAGUCUUGAUCUAAUUGACGACGAAGACGAGGUAAAAACUGUUCCCGAAUUUUACGUUGGCAAAUUGAAAGGACCACCCUUAUUUCCUGAUCACAGUGACAACGAAGAGCACGACUUGCUUGACGAGUGUUUGAAGAGAGAUAUAGUAUGGUCUCUGCCAAGCGCAGUUUCGGUAAAUACGAAUGAAGAAACUGCCAACAACGUAGGUUCCUGGACUCCCUUUAAUAAAGAAAUCACGGUAGUGCAACAUGGAAAAGCAUUGCUUGAGUAUUUACCUGUUAUUCCAGAAGCUCCUGAUUAUAAAGUUUGUAUAGAUUUUGUUGACUAUCUAUGUGAUCUUUUAAAAGAGCUUGAGAUUGGUCAUAUUUUCGCGCAUACUGAUCAGUCACAUUAUCUGGAAAUAACCGAAGGAUUGCGAAAACGUAAUAAUUUUAAUGGGCGGAUUUCACCAGCUAAGGUUUUGCAGGGUAUCAUUUGCAACGACAUUCGUGCUGGCACCAUAGCAUUCGAAUCAUCUGAAAAUGCAUUCAAUGGUGGUCGUUAUUAUCGCAAUAUGAGAUUACACAAGGAGUCAUUCAAUGCCAUUGUGCAGUUCAGAGCUGAGAAAAUUACAUCAGGUUUUAGCGAAAUUGAUCCAAACCUAAAGUUGAAGUUUCAGCAGCUAAGCUCUGCACCAAGUCCGGAAGCGAUGGAGGAUGUCAUGGUUUGUCCUGCUUUAAAAUUACUUGUUCAGAAAAUAGUACAAGUAGAAGAUGGCAUAGAAUCCCGCAUGACAACCUCGUAUCUAAGAGAUGUUUCUUCUUGCACUCGUGUCUGCAGUUAG